AUGGAUCCCCAACCGGUAAAACAGGGGAAAGAUCAGUGUUUCUCCACUGGCGGAUACUCUUUCCCAGGCAUUCCUCACUUUGACAACCCCUACAAGAGCCGCCACUGGCAACUGGAGCACAUGGCUGCCGCAUUCAGAGUCUUUGCGAGAAAAGGCUACACAGAAGGUACUGCGGGACAUAUCAGUCUUCGUGACCCUGUGCAACCCAACACUUUCUGGAUCAACCCCUUUGGAGUUCACUUCGGCCUGCUGAAAGCAAGUGACAUGGUCCAGAUUGAUGAAGAGGGUCAGGCCAUAGGAGGAAAUAAGGUCGCUGUCAACGCGGCAGGGUUCAAAAUCCACAGUGCCAUCCACAAGGCCCGUCCUGAUAUUAAUGCUGCUUGUCACACGCAUUCGGUGGCGGGCAAAGCUUGGUCAACCUUUGGACGACCUUUAGAUAUCAUCAGUCAGGAUGCUUGUACCUUUUUAGGGAUUCAGACCGUCUAUAAAGAAUUUGGAGGAAUUGUACUUGAGGAUACAGAGAGUGAGAGGAUCGCUGAAGCGCUAGGCGAGAAGAACCGUGUCAUGAUACUACAAAACCACGGCAUUCUCACUACUGGGGCAACUGUUGACGAGGCAGCUUAUCUUUUCACACUCAUGGAACGAAGCUGUGAAAUUCAGCUUAUGGUCGACAGCACAAAUCUCCCCAAGAGGUUCGUUGGCCCAAAGGAGGCAGAGUACACUGCAAAGGUGAAUCAAGAUCCCGAAACACUCUAUAUUGAAUUCCAGCCAGAUUUCAACUAUGAGGUUUGGAAGUCAAAUGGAGAGAUAGCCUGUGGGUUGUAG